AUGGCUGAGUUGGAGCCACAGCAAAUUCGACGACAGUCGGCUGAUAACCAGACCGUCUCGAAGUCCGACAUCCCGUUGAAGGAACGAUUCUUCCGCUAUUUCCAAUAUGAAAUCACUGCUCUGCAACAGCAGAUGGAUCGCCUCGCCGAUACCUCGCUUGUAGGUGGUGAGCGAGCUGAUGCGACGGAUCACUGUCUGGCCGGGAUCGUGCGGCUGUCAGGUGAGGUCAAAGAUUCGGCCAGUUACAUUCCUACCUAUGACCAGAGAGUCUACGCAGAGGCGAUCAAGGCCUUACAGGAGAAGUUGAGCGAAACCCGUGCAGCAUUUGAACCCCGAUCCAAAUUCAGUUUCAAGACGAAGAAGAACCCAUCGGCUAUAUCUUUAUCUGAUGCUGCUACCCUUGCUGCCGAAGGCCGCCGUAGUAUUCCUGGGUAUCGCUCGCCCGGUGCGUCGUCAGUCGGCUCUUCGGCCAACCAGACCCCGAACUACCCCUCAACUCCAUUGAACGAGCCGGAUAAGCAGCAUCAGGAGAGGCCAGAGAUAACACCAACUUCUUUCCCGGUAUCUUCUGCUGGUGAAAUGGAAUUGAAAUUGCCAAUGCAGACAAAGGCACCACAAUCGUUUGCCGCCCGAGGCAUUUCCAAUGUGUCUGUUGACAACCAUUAUGGCCUUCACAUCAUGCUGCCUGCUUCGGGCUCUACGUCCAAUGUCCCGGCCUCAAUCACCUCUCUAGAGCACUGCAUUGUGCACAUGUCUAUCCCAACCGCCAACGGCAAGCCCUUUGCUAGCUUGACGGUAAAGAGCAUCUCGGAAAGCUUAUUGAUCUGCGGUCAGGUUAACGGGCCAGCACACAUUACCGAUGUGGAUCACAGUGUGAUUGUUGUCUCUUGCCGACAAUUCCGCAUGCACAACUGCACCAACGUCGACGUCUACCUCAGUUGCUCAAGUAAUCCCAUCAUCGAGGACUGCUCCAAUAUCCGGUUCACCCGGAUACCGAAGGCUUAUGCCUUGAACCACGACCGCCCCGACCACGAAGAUCGCUGGAGCCAAGUUGAGGAUUUCAAAUGGAUCAAGCCGGAGCCCAGCCCCAACUGGAGCCUUCUGGACCAGAGCGAUGCAGUUCCGGAGGAAGUAUGGGCAGAGAUUGUUCCCGGCGGGCCGGGUUGGUCACUCGACGACAUCUUGCAUGCCAUCCGGCUGGUGUAA